AGAAGAAGAAGAGACGGUGCACAUUACUGAUAUUGUCUCCCUCCCACAAUUAGUUUUUCGCAAUUUUCUCGCGUUUUCCGCCGAAUUUUCCGGGGAAAUUGUGCUUUUUGUGAUCAGGAAGCGACGCCGCGUCGAUUAGCAUAAAAAAAACUCACCUACACAAAAUGCCAGAGUGAGAGGAAAGUAUUUUUCUCAUGCUAUCUCGCAUUUUAAAUUUUUCGUAAUCCGAAAAGUUCUUCGAAUCCAGCUACAGCGCCUCUCGCGGUUAACACACGCAGCAAGACAAAACAGCUGAUUUUUUGUUUGGAAAACAGAGAGGGAAUUUUUUGACGUUGAAAAAAGAAAAAUGCCGCGAAAAGGUGAAAAAGGUGAAACAGAGAAAAAGUUAGAGAAGAAAAAGAAAGACAAAAAGGAAAAGGAUGCGGGAAAAUUGAAGAAGAAAAAGACGAUUCGUUCGACAAAGAGAAAAUCAGUGAAACAAACAAAAGAGGUGCCGUCGCGUCCAAAGAAACCUCAACUAAACACCGAUCCAACUCCGGAGAAUAUCAAAUGUCAGGAAUGGCUGAGGGAGCAGAAGAGACAGAGAUUUAGGUACCCAAAGAUUGACCUCAACGCGGAGAGUGAAUCCGAUUGGGAGGAUGAAGAAGAGGAGUCAGAUAUGAAUCUGGCCAAUUUGCCUCGAGAUGGGAAGAAGACUCUUGUGAAUGUUUUGUACAACUGUGAGUGGUCCAAGUGUACAGCCCUAUUUGAGGACGCUGCAAUGUACAAAGAUCAUGUGGAGCUGCACCUCAUGAGUGUUGGGGAGAACAAGAAAAGCAACGAAUUUCGAUGCCUCUGGGAUCUGUGCAAAUUCACAACGGAAGAUAGGUCUGCCUGGACUCGUCAUGUACGCUACCACACGUACCACUCAAAGCUCAUGACUGUGGGAGAUAGUUUGAGGAGUCAAAUGAACUUCCCACGAUGUAUGCACGAUUCAGAGCAGCGAAACAUGAUCCCGGACACUCCGUAUGAUUUCCUGUGUGAAUGGGAUGAAUGCUGCUGGAAGACAAACAGUAUUCUCGAUCAUUUUGCCCACGUCAACACACACGGAGAGUUGGAGGUGGAAUUUGCAAGAUGGGACAAGCAGAGUGAGAAGGUGUUCAAAUGCCGAUGGAUUGGAUGCGAGAAGACCUUUGGGAAGCGCGAAAGCCUCAUGAAGCACAUCCGUAGCCAUACAAAUGAGAAAACUGUUGCCUGUGACAACUGUGGAGCAAUGUUCAUUCACAAUUCCAGCUACUUUGACCACUGCAAGCGCCAACUCAUCCACAACACUAUGGAGUACGUUUGUCCACUUUGUCAUCGCUUAUUUGCCACUCAGCGUCUUCUCAAGAACCACUUGCGUCUCCAUGUGAACUGCCACAAAUGCCAUCUGUGCGACAUGACGUGUCCAUCGAUGGCGCACCUCACAAUUCACAUUCGGCACCGUCAUAUGGAGGAACGACCCUUCAAAUGCCCUCUUUGUCCCUUCAAGAGUGUCUUACAGCAGGAUCUGGAGACGCACAGCAUCAUCCAUGGACCACGCAAGGUGUUCGAGUGUAGUCAGUAUGACUGCAACUUCACCAGUUGCUCCCCGAAGAGUCUCAAGCGGCACGAAUCCCUCAAGCAUAUGGGACCUCAUGCAAAGAUCUAUCUCUGCGACUGCUGCGGGAGGAAGUAUCUGCGCGGAGACUCGAUUUCCAUGCACCUCAAGAAGGCGCAUGGCUACAAAGUUCCUCCCGGAAGCUCCCGAUUCUUCUACAGGGAGGGAGAUGAUGGCUUCUACCACGUACAAACGAUGAGGAUUGAGAGUUUGGAGGUAACAAAGCAAAUCAUGGCAACCAAAAAGACUGCAAAAAAUCGUCGUGGAACGACAAAGUAUGCUCUGAGUGAUCCAGUCAUUGCAGACGAUGGCGUCGUGAAGCUAAAUGUGAAAGAGCUACCAAAGGAUAACAACGACAUGGAUGAGGAAGAUGAAGAAGAGGAUGAUGACACGGAAAAGGCUGAUCAGGAGCAAAAUGAGAUGCAAAGUGAUGUUGAACCGAAGCAAGGACUCAGCAUGCCUCUGACGGAAGAUAUUGAAGAAGAGAGUCCUCCGAAGAAGAAUAUAACUGACUUUACAAUGAUGAAGAGGUACCUCAAGAGCAUUGAGGAGAACAAGACAGCCUGAAGGAUGUUUUAGGCAAACCUAAACGUAUUUUAUGAAUAAAGAGUCUUCCUGCUACAAA